UAAUUAUUUAUUAUUUAAUCAAAUCAAUCAUAUAAGGUAUUUGUUUCUUAUAAUAACGGCUCUGCAGUCUCACUUGCAUAUCCUUGUUCAAUACGAACUAUAAACCCUAGCCGUCUACCAUUGUCUUCGUUCAUUACUCAAUUAACAAUGACAGGAGAGGCAGUUAACCCUAAAGCAUACCCUUUGGCUGAUGCUCAGUUGACAAUAACCAUAAUGGACCUUGUUCAACAAGCUGCUAACUACAAGCAGCUCAAAAAGGGUGCUAAUGAAGCCACUAAGACACUGAACAGGGGUAUUUCUGAGUUUGUUGUUAUGGCUGCUGAUGCUGAACCUCUUGAGAUUCUUCUCCAUCUUCCUCUACUUGCUGAGGAUAAGAAUGUUCCCUACGUGUUUGUCACAUCAAAACAAGCACUUGGUCGUGCUUGUGGUGUCACCCGGCCAGUCAUUGCUUGUUCUGUGACAACUAAUGAAGGAAGUCAAUUGAAAUCUCAAAUUCAGCAGCUAAAGGAUGCCAUUGAGAAGCUGCUAAUCUGAAAACUUCAUAUUCCGUAUGAUGGUAUGAUGGGCUUCUUGAGUUGUGCUGAAAGCGCCUUCAGAGGCCUUGACUGGACGACUUGUUGUGCUAUCCUAUACGCUGUGUUAACUUAUUUUAAUUUUCUUUUUUACUGCCAAAGGUUAUCUUGUGUGGUAUUUUUGAUUUAGUACCAGCUAUGUUUUGAACUGAUUUAUAAAAACAUUGUUUAGUGAUCCUUUGACUAGUAGAAUUUUCAGUUUUAUGUCAAAAUUUAGUGCAAUUUUAUUUACAAGAA